AUGGCGGCGGACGGUGACGAAGUGAUUAGUGAUCAGGAAAAAGUGAGAAUUGUUUCGGAUUUUAUACUACAUUCGCCCCCAGGAGAGUUUAAUGAAGUGUUCAAUGAUGUGAGAGUAUUGCUAAAUAACGAUACUCUGCUCAAGGAGGGCGCGAGUGGAGCCUUCGCGCAGUACAAUAAGGACCAGCUCACGCCCGUGCGUCUCGAAGGCUCGGAGCUUCAUACGCUAAUCACUGACCACAAUGACCUCGGUGGAGGCAGGUUUUUCGACCCGCGUUCCAAGCGGUCCUUCAAGUAUGACCACUUGCGAAAAGAAGCUUCCGAGUACGAACCGUUCGAACCGGAUCGAGUGGCAGAGCCUUGGCGAGCCGCACUCGACGUGGAGCUGACGACAUAUGUAGCUGAACAUUAUAAACACGGUGCGAGUUUAGUGGUGGGUCGAGCUCUCGAUUCUGGAGUAGUUUCCCUCGUCGCGUGUAUCGAAGAUCACCAAUUCCAGCCUAAAAAUUAUUGGAAUGGCAGGUGGCGUUCCGUAUGGUCGCUAACAGUCGGCGGUGGUGCCACAGAACUACGCGGGAUGCUUCGCGUGCAAGUGCACUAUUACGAGGACGGUAACGUCCAGCUCGUCAGUUCGAAGGAGGUGAAGGCGCCGUUAGUUGCCAGCGGCGACACGGGAACGGCCAAGGAGUUCGUGAGACUGGUGUGCGAGGCGGAGAACGCGUACCAGACCGCCAUAUCCGACAACUACAAGACAAUGAGCGAUACUACGUUUAAGGCACUGCGGCGGCAGCUGCCGGUGACUCGCAGCAAGAUCGACUGGGCGCGGCUCGUGUCGUACACCAUCGGCAAGGAGCUGAAGAGUCAA